AGAUAUAGCUAGCUCCUCGUACUUUCACCUGCUCAUUCAUACCGGUAUCAAGCUCUUCACUUUCCGGAUUUACAGAAACCAGUUCCUAAGCGAGGGAAAACUUAUUAGCAGUGGUAUUGUAGCGUCAAGCUUUCUUCACGUUUUCUUGAGUAUCACAGGUCAAUUCGAGAGGAAGAAAUAUUUCAAAGUAUGGAUUCGACUGCCCGGUUCUUGCUUUCCCUUGUCACGGCUGCUACGUUUCUACAAGUUCGUAGCACAGUAACUGUGAUAGGCUUGUAUGGAGAGACGAUCGAAGUGCCGUGCAAUAAUGGAGCUGCCAAGCCUAAGGAUCUUAUCUUCACUAAAUGGAAAUAUGAGAUGGAUGACGGCACCUACAGAGACCUCCUGGUCAAGCAGGCGCACAAGGAGGAGGCCCAGAUCCAGGCCAUGGACGGCUACAAGGACCGAGUCAGCAUCGCGGCCAACUCCAGCCUCAUGAUCCAGGGGGGUUCCCUGGUGGACCAGAGGACCUUCACCUGCAUGGUUGUGUACGGCUCCAACCUGGACGAGCACCCUGUCGACGUCUUGGUCCACAAGAAGCCAUUGCCACCACAGAUAAAAGACAAAGCCAAAGAGCUGGAGAACGGCAAACUGACGUCGCUAGGCGUGUGUAUGGCCGCAGAUGCAAACCCCGCCGCCGUAAUCAUGUGGUCCAAAAACGGCAAGCAGCUGGUGGCUGAUGGAAAGACCAUCAUCAUCACGCCCAGUGUGAAGAUGGAUCCGUCGACAGGCCUGUCCUCUACCACGUCUGUUCUGCAGUACACAGUGGUGAAAAGCGACGUGGGAGCCAAAUUCACUUGCACCGCCGAACACAGCCUGGAAACACAGGUGUCUUCUCCCGAGACCUUCAUCAUUCACUGUGAGUGGAGCACACCGCCCCCUGGAGGUCUUUGACCUGCAAUACAUGAACCUGUCACAAAAUGAUUGAUAAUCAUGUAUUAAUAUAGUCUGUUUUAGCAUAUUCAGCACAUGCUUUAAUCAAACCUACAGCCCUGGGACGUAUCCGGUAGGAACAAAAUGGAAAAAAAUUGAGUAUAAUGGGAAAAGACCCAUAUGGGAGAAAAAAAUAUAUAUGUUUAGAUAAAUGUUUUUAGGUUACAUGUGAAGUAUUUAAAAUCGGCCAGAUAAUGUAUCUCUUUAAAACUGUAUUUAAUACAUUAUUGAAUGUAUUUAAAAUGCAUAAAUGUACAUACAACUUAUAUCACAGUAUAUGUUAACUGCAUCCCAAAAAGUAUUUAAUGUAUUUCAAAAAUGUAUUCUGAAAUGCAUUAAAGAAUAUAUUUUCAC